CUCCACAGCCCCCCCCCCAACCUGAAGAAACUUUCCUGGCUGGUUGUGACUUCCUGUUUUGUCCGGAGUCUCCUCUGUUGUCUUCUGUCCUCUGUUGUCUUCUGUCCUCCGUUGUCUUCUGUCUCUUCCUCCAUUACACCGACCAACACACGGAGACCUCCAGCGAUCAGCAGCGGGACGAUCUGGAUCCAGUGUCCGGGAAACAGAGCUCGGAGCCGGGCCGGACUUCACCGGAGGCCCCCCCAGCUGAUGGAGGCGACGACGCCAGUCCUCCGUUGCGGUUCGAGUCCCCUCUGAUGGCGGAGACUCCCACCUCACUGUGCUGCUGCCGGAGGUCCCCGCCGGCGUCCGGUCCCCGGUGCGCGGCGGCCCCCCCGGGGCCGGGGACCCCGCGGCGCCCCCGGGUGGACGUGGCCUCGGCGUCGAACUUCAGCAGCUUCCGGCUGCACCACUUCCACCUGGACCUGCGGGUCAACUUCGCCGUGAAGGAGCUGAGCGGCUGGCUGGUCCUGGACCUGGAACCGGUGCAGACGGGGAUCCAGACCCUGGUCCUGGACUCGCACCCGUCGGUGCUGGUCCACGCCGUGGACUGUAAGGGCCCCGGCGCCGGGCGGGGGGCGCCGCUGUCCCUGACGUUCCGCGUGGACCCGUUCUCGGACUACGGGUCGGCGCUGAGCAUCAGCCUGCCGGAAGGGGGGGCAUCCGGGCAGCGGGUCCACGUCACGGUCCGCUACACCGCCACGGACGGGCCGGCA